UAGCAGACGUUGAAGUGUGUCCACACUGAGCAUCCAGGAUGACUGGGAUUAUUCUGUUUCUCUUGUUUCUAGCGUUUCCUCUUUACAAGACGGAGGAGCAUGUUGUCAAUGAGCUGUAUACCCUGAUAGAAAAGGGUCAGAGCAGCUUUGUGGAUCCAGCUCCGAGCAACCAGAGUCGGAUGGUGGUUAAAGAGCCCUCCCUGCCCAUCAACGAGCUUCUAGAGAAGAGCAGCAAGAGCGGCGAGUCCAAAUUCACCCUCCAUCCUCUACCCUCUGCUGUCUGGCCAAAGCACAGUGACCUGGCCCCCAUCCCUCGCCAUCAUGGCCCCCACAACAAGAGCAAAAAGGGCCCCAAGAGCGACCGUCUGGUGGAGCACAACAGCGAGAAAACCAGAGGAGAAGUUGCUGGUCUGCUUCCCAAAACCCCGCUGACGGGAGCCGCAGCUGCUGCCACCAACCGCACGGUGCAGAAAACCAACCAGGACACCCAUUCCAACGUCAGUCCUCCUCAGCAGAGUGAACCAGACGGACACCCCAACUCCAGACCCAGAGGUCCACCACACACACAGCCUCAGGCCCAGCCGCCACACCAACCGCCCCCUUCCCCACGCAGGGAUCCCCCCAACAGACGGCUGGACCAAGAGGAGAACCGGCCGGGGAAGUCCAGCCUCUAUCAGUCUGGUAUCGGUGCAGCGACCCGGAACAACAGCCGCCCGCCGGUCGUCUUCAACCGGCGCUCCUCCAGCCUGCUUUACCAGUUCGACAUCCUGAGGCGAGAGUCCGACUUCACACAUGAUGCCUUCUGCAUGAGCGAGUGCAGGAAGGAGAAGGACGAGAGAGAGUAUUACUGCUACAGUGAGUUUGCUGUCAACGGGAUCGUUCACGACAUCGACGUGUUGCGUAAAGGAAUACGCCUCAUUACACUGAUGGUGAGCAGCGAUGGCUUCUACAAGAUGAGUCGCCUCUAUGUGACCCCAGACAGCUUUUUCUUCAAAGUCCGUCUUCUGGUCCUGGACACCUACAAGUGCAGCAAACCCUGCCCUGACAUCAAACUGGGGACCAGAUACGUCAUAAUGGGCCAGAUCUACCACCGGCGGCGCCAUCUUCCCAGUGACCUCCUGAACCUGCUGGGGGGUAAACUGAAGCCCGGAGACGGCCUCCUGCGAAGCAACAACUACGUCAAGAGGUUCAACAAACGGAGGCACCAGAAAGCCCUGGAGGCCACCCGCUCCAGGUGUAGGUGAACCAGAGAGAAGAGACUAUCGCCCCCUGCUGCAGGGGAAGAGACACUGCAGCUUACCUGAACUGAUCGUAACCAACCCCUCAGUAUUGUGCAAGAUGGAAGACAUUUUGCGGAAGGCAUGGAUUUAUUUUUCAUAUUGACUGCUAUGAUAAUCCCGGUUCAUCUUUUUUACCCCUCUGUAAAGCUCCUGAAGUACUGACUUGUGGACUCUUUGAUAGAAAACAUAAGCAGCUUCAAUUAAAUGGACUUUCCAUUUCAAUUUUGUAAAGUUUGGGGCAUCAAACGAGGGUGUUCCCACUAUUAUUUUCUCAAUAUAACGACUCCACUUAAACUCCUCAUUCAUUCAUGGCUGGCUCAUGAAGUCCCUAAAGUAAAAAAAACUGGCUCAUUUUUAAAGGUUGUGUCGAGAAGGUAAGCCAUUGCGAAAAGUUGAAAAAACGUGCAAAAACUCUUCCAUGACUCGCUGCCCGACGACCUAUGCUAACCUUAACAAUUCAAGGUCAAUGCCUAACCUUAACUACUUGACAUAAAUGCCUAGCCUUAACUAUUCAAGGUCAAAGCCUAACUUUAACCAUUCAAGGUCAAUGUUUCACCUUGACCGUUCAAGGUCAAUAUCUAACCUUAACUAUUCAAGGUCAAUGCCUAACUUUAACUAUUCAAGGUCAAAGCCUAACUUUAACCAUUCAAGGUCAAUGCCUGAUCUUAACUAUUUCAGAUCAAUGUCUAACCUUGA